AUGGUUAAGAUAAAACACCUCAUCAGUAAUAUCAUGCCAACCAACUACAGAGGUCAGAAAUAUUCCUCAAUCCGGAGUAGUCAUGUUAAAGCCGGAACACUUUUUGAGGAUCCCGAAUUCAAGAUCAACAACAAGUCUCUCUUCUUCAGUAAGAUUGAUCAGGACAUUGAAUGGAAAAGGCCAAGGGAGCUGUGUAAGGUACCUAAACUAGUAGUCGAGGGAGUCAGUUGUGAUGAUCUUAACCAAGGGGAGCUGGGAAAUGCCUGGUUCGUCACUGCAUGUGCCAGCCUUGCCCUGGAAAAGAAACUCUUCGAAAGGGUGGUACCUAAUGUGAAGGAACAGGAUUGGAAUGAGAGAGAGGAGAAGAACACAUACGGAGGCGUAUUCCAUUUUGUGUUAUGGCGGUAUGGUGAAUGGAUUGAUGUGGUAGUGGAUGAUAGACUUCCCACGAAAAACGGCAAACUGGUGUUCUGUCAUUCCAAAUCCCGUAACGAAUUCUGGUCUGCACUCCUGGAAAAGGCGUACGCUAAACUAUAUGGGGACUACGAGUCCUUGAACACCGGUCGGACGGGUGACGCUCUGGUAGACUUUACUGGCGGGGUGGCAGAGAAGCUUGUAAUGUCUAGAAUCAACAUCAAUGACAAGAACGUAAAGAAACAGUUGUUCCUCAAGCUGAAAGAUGCAUCUGAUAACAAGGCACUUAUGAACUGCAAUAUACAAUGUCAGAGGACAGAAGUUGGUAAGGAUACACCUCAGGGCCUGGUUCUAGGUCACGGCUAUAACAUAACAAAGGUAGCCGAGAUAAUUGUAGACAAGAAACUUCAGGGCGCUGUAGGGAGUCCUGUCCUCAAUAUGGUACGCAUGGCCAACCCCUGGGGAACCAAGGAGUGGACUGGAGCAUGGUCAGACGAUGCUCCGGAAUGGAACAAAAUCAGUCGAUCAGAAUGGCACAAGAUUGGUCUGAGGUUUGAACAGGAAGGGGAAUUUUGGAUGAACUUUGAUGACUUCGUGGUAAAUUUUACAAAUGUCGACAUAUGUCAUUUUGUAAACACCGCUAUAUUCAGCAUAAAAAAAUCCUGGAAUGAAUGUGUGUUUCAUGGAGAAUGGACAGUGUCCGGAAGGAAUGGAGGAAAUGAUUACAACAGUCCGACUUUCCUUAGUAACCCACAGUACGCAUUUGAUGUCGCUGGGAUGAGCGACAAUGUGAUGUUCUCACUAGAACAACAGGACAUCGUCCAUGGACAAGAGUUCGGCCGCAAGCUCAACAAAAUCGGCUUCCAGAUAAUGAAAGUAGAGGAGAAUAGAAAAUACCGGGUACAUAUCCAGGGAGAAGCGGUGUACUGUUCGGAAUACAUCGCUGAUCGUAGUAUAUACGGCAUAGUGAAGCUAAUGAAAGGUCGAUACGUUGUUUUACCUACUACAACGGAAUCGACAGAGUUAGGUCCCUUUAUGCUGCGGAUGUACUCGGGCAGCAAGGCGUCUGGAAGUGGAAAGUUUUCGUCCCCUGUGGAAAUGGAAAAAGAGUGCCCCUCCACUACAUGUCCGUGCACGGCUAAGCAUAAGAUUGUUACCACAAUACACGUGACUGGUGCGGAGGGAUUGGAGCUACCAACAGGGUCAAAGGUUAAAACUAUCGACGCUUACGUCGUGAUCAGAUGUGAAGGUGAAAAGGUGACGUCACAAACCUGUCCAAAUUCGUCUCAACCUAAAUGGGAGGUCAAGGCCACCUUUUAUAGGAAAAAACCCGACGAACCUGUUGUGGUUGAGGUAUGGAAUGACAACGUACUGAUAGAUGACUGUUUGGGAGAGGCCCACGUGUCUGAGGAGGGAUCUGAACAAGGGGACAUAACUACAGUUGACAUCAUGGGCAGAAAGAAGGAAAAGGAUAUUAAGAAAGGCAAACUUCAUAUAUUUCUCCGCUCUAGUCACGAUUUACAGUAUCUGUGA